AUGAUUGACUUAUUGAAGACAAGAAUUAACGUUUUAAGUAAGAUCUCAAAGAAUCAAAGAACUGUUUCAAAUAUCAUAUUUAAACACACAAUGUCAAGCUCUUCUCCUAUCAAUAGUUCUAAUGAAAGACCGAAAACUGAUACUGUAAUCAGUGAAAUAUCAGAUUAUGUUAUGGAUAAAAAAAUCAAUUCAUCUUUGGCAUUUGAAACUGCAAAAUUAUGCUUUAUCGAUGCUUUAGGUUGUGGUUUAGCUGCUUUAAAAUUCGAUCAAGCAGUUAAAAUUAUUAAACCAAUUGUCCCAGGAACUAUUGUACCAAAUGGUACAAGGGUUAUUGGUACAAAUCUAAUUUACGAUCCUGUAAGAGGUGCUUUUGCAAAUGGUUCUUUAAUUCGUUGGUUAGAUUACAAUGACUGUUGGCUUGCUGCUGAAUGGGGCCAUCCUUCUGAUAAUUUGGGUGGUAUCAUCUCUGUCGCUGAUUAUCUAACUAGAUUAUAUAAAUCGUCAGAUGGCGAAGAAGGUCGUUUAUUCACUAUCAAUGACGUUUUAGAAUGUAUGAUCAAAGCUCAUGAAAUACAAGGUGUCAUUGCUUUGGAUAAUUCCUUUAAUAAAGUUGGUUUGGAUCAUGUCAUUUUGGUUAAAGUUGCAACAACUGCAGUUGUUGCAAAAAUGCUAGGUUUGACUAAAGAUCAAUGUGAAGAAGCUAUCUCUCAAGCAUUUGUAGACGGCCAAUCUUUAAGAACUUAUCGUCAUGCCCCAAACACUGGUUCAAGAAAGUCAUGGGCUGCUGGUGAUGCUGUCUCCAGAGCUGUCAAUAUCGCUUAUUUGGUUAAAAAUGCAAAUGUAGGUAAUAUCCCAUCUGUCUUAACUGCGAAAACCUGGGGUUUCUAUGACGUUUUAUUCAAAGGUAAGCCAUUCGUCUUUAACCAGAGAUCAUUCUAUGAUUCGUAUGUUAUGGAAAAUAUUCUGUUCAAAAUUUCCUUCCCAGCCGAAUUUCAUGCUCAAACAGCCGUGGAGGCCUCUAUGAAGGUUCAUCAACAGUUGAAAGACAUGGGUAAAACUUACGCUGACAUUAAAUCGGUUAGAAUUAGAACCCAAAAUGCAGCCGUCAGAAUAAUCGACAAAAGUGGCCCAUUAUACAAUUAUGCUGAUAGAGAUCAUUGUAUUCAAUAUAUGGUUGCUAUUCCUCUGAUCCAUGGCAGAUUAACAGCUGAUGAUUACUCUGACGGGAUUGCCGAAAACCCAGCAAUCGAUGAGCUAAGAGCUAAGAUGUAUUGUGUAGAGGAUGAAAACUUUACUCAAGAUUACCAUGACCCAGAGAAGAGAUCUAUUGGUAAUGCAUUGUUGGUAGAGCUAAACGAUGGUACUGUCUUAGAUGAGGUAGAAGUUGAAUAUCCUGUCGGUCACAGAUUUAGAAGAGACGAAGGUAUCCCAUUAUUAAUGAAAAAGUUCGAGAGACACUUGAGUGAACAUUUUGAAAAUAACAAAGAUCAUGUCAACAAAAUCUUAGAAGUUACUAAAGACAAAGAUUUCCUAAACAUGGAUGUCGAUAAAUAUAUCGAUCUGUAUGUUAACCAAUGA